CCCGGACAACAGACGAAACGAAAGCGAUGUAUUCCAUUAUAUUUAAGCAAGAACAAGCACACGAAGACAGCAUCUGGACGUGUGCCUGGGCAAAGAGUGAAAAAGAUGAUCAUGAAAACAUUGUGACUGGCUCGGUGGAUGACAAGGUCAAGGUCUGGAGAUGGACAGAUGAGAAGUUAGAACUGAAACAUGUGCUUGAGGGACAUCAGCUGGGCGUGGUCUCUGUGGAUAUGGACAACACGGGCACAUUGAUAGCCUCCAGUAGCUUAGACAGUCAUGUGAAGAUUUGGGAUGUGGAAACAGGUAACCAGGCCAAGAGUAUAGAUGCUGGGCCAGUGGAUGCAUGGACGAUCGCCUUCUCGCCAGAUUCCAGGUUUCUGGCUACAGGAAGUCACAACGGAAAGGUGAACCUGUUUGGUGUGGACACGGGGCGAAAACAGACUUCCAUGGACACUAGGGGAAAGUUUAUACUGAGUAUAGCCUAUUCUCCCGACGGUCGGUACAUUGCUUGUGGCGCCAUAGAUGGAAUCGUCAACAUUUUUGACAUCUCUACAGGAAAACUUCUGCACACAUUAGAAGGUCAUGCCAUGCCCAUUCGUUCCAUCACCUUCUCCCCAGAUUCACAGCUGCUUGUCACAGGCUCGGACGACUCUCACAUAAAGAUCUAUGACGUGCACCAGGCCCAGCUGGCAGGCACUCUCUCAGGUCACGGCUCUUGGGUCCUAAGCGUGGCCUUCAGUAGUGACAACACACACUUUGCUUCCUGCUCCUCAGACAAGACAGUCAAGGUAUGGGAAGCCUCCACCAGGACCUGUGUACACACCUUCUAUGACCACUUAGACCAGGUGUGGAGUGCCCGAUUCAGUAGUAACGGGUCCAAGUUAACAUCUGUGUCAGACGACAGAGCCAUUCACAUCUACGACUGUCCCACAUGACGGAGCAUCCACAGCUUUCUGGAGGGCGGGGGUUUGGGUUGGGUGGGGCGAGUGAUCAUGGGUUGUUUGUAGUAAUGGUGUGUACCACGAAACAGAUUUGUCAAUUCCCAAACACAUUCAGUUUGUACAUACAUGGACAUGUAUGAUUGUCCGACAGAAAGUUGCUGGUAUACCCUAAACUACAAAUGGUCAUCCAGGAUGGUACUUCUAGUUACCUCUACAAAGGGAAUGGUUGUGGCUUAUAAGGGAUGGAGAUGGUGAAAUGGCUGCCAGUAGAGAAGCAAAUUUGACUAGCCCACCCAAUGGGGUACCUUUUGCCCUGUGAUGGUGACUCAGGUCCAAGCUGUAUUGACCCUUGUUCUCUUGUCAUGGCUUGAACAACAGCAGGAAUGAACAGUAGACUGAACAGCUGAGAGGCCUACCCUAAAUGACCAUGAAUUUCGUCCAUGACUCACUUGCCCAUAUUGCCAGAUUCUGAGAGUUCUCUUGAGUUUAGAAAGGUGAUUUGAAGUUUUCUGUGACAUGGGAUGAUAUUCUACUGGAAAAUUGUACGUUUCAGCACCAUUAAUAAUAAUUUGUGACAUUUAUUUGCUUCUAAAAAUGUACUUUUGUGGGCAAAGUUUUAGGGCAUUUAGGGUAUAUUACUGUAUUUGAUGUAGAAAUUCUUCAAUGACUAACUUACUCAUUUUCCUGAAUCUGAUCGUUCUGUUGAUUUAUCAAAGAUGGUUUGAUGUUGGUUUUUAAGGCAGGACAAUAUCAUAAUGGAAAAAUGUAAGUUUUAGCACCGAAAGUUAUAUGUUAUGACCUUUAUUUUCCUAUAAGAAUCAGCUUUUGGGGGUGAAAUUCUAUGUCAGAUACAAUCAAUAUUCUUGAGUGCAGUGUAAAACACCAAGCAAAUAAAUAAAUGUCAAAUACAGUUUGUCUAUAGCAGGAAAAGUUGCCCAUACCAGUGUUGAUUGAAGUAUGCUAUUGUGGCCACACAUCAGUGUGACCGGGUUGAUAAUGCUUUCUUAUGUUUCCUACAGAGGUCAGAGGUCAGUAAACUACAGUACACUGGGUUCAAACCGUCUGUGUUGGGAGAGAAAUUUAUUUUUGUGUUCACUUUGGAACAUUGGCGAUAAUGUUCAGUGUUUUUGCUGACUUCAGCAUGUUUUUCCUUGUACCUUUGGCAUUUAUUUGUAUUCUCACAUAAAUGUUUAAAGAUCAUCCUCAUUAUGUUUAUAAAUAAAAUUCAUUA